AUGGCUGCAAAUACCUCUGGGACCCACUCUAGCCCUAACUCAACAGAAAGAAGUAUUGAAUGGGCCCACACCAAUAUGACCAAAGGAAAUCAGUCUGUCACAAAUUGGUGCAAGCCCGGGCCCAAUCACAAAGAGGAUAGUUUGGACCUUGGGCCCUUUGGGCAACCAAUCCAGGUGGAACCACUUUUCAAAAAUCCUUUCGGGCCAGCAAUCACUGUAUCUUCUACAAGGGUUGUCUCACAAGUCAGCACCAUGCUUCAUAAUCUAGGUUUGAAGCGCCAUAACGAAUAUGCGAGGAGACCCAACGUUGGCUCCCCUGGGAAAAAACAGAAAAAUACCCAUAGAAAAGGAAAUACGGAGGAAGGAGGACAGAAUAAAAAAGAGAGUGUUUCUGAAGGGAAGUCAAGAAGGAGGGUGUAUAAGCCAAGGAAAACCAACCAUGGCGAUUCCAGUACCACCAACGGCUCAACAAGAAGGUCUCAAGUGACUGUUGAGGAAGAAAACCUUACGGAAGUCAAUAUCAUCCAAGCGGAGCAGUGGGAACAGGGAGGCAAACAAGUGUUAAACUAUGAGGCGGGUGUUCCGACCAGGGGCGGUGGCGGCUGGCCUACAACAGCCACAAGGGAGCCAUGA